CACCUUGCGCCCUAGCCGGACUAGGGGCGUGUACGCAUUGACAAUUUGAGCGGUGAAGAAACUAACGUCUCAGAGGUACUUAGUAGCGUGGGGAAGUUAUGGAUUCCAUACCCGACCCCUCAGGGUCAAGGGUCCUCCGAGGCUCCAGCCGGUCACCAAGGUCACCAGACUCUGCGACCAAAAAGAAAACCGGCAAGCCGAGCAGCAAGAAGCCCAGCCUGCAGGAGGCCCGCAAGAAAGGGAGGAUGGACAGAAGCAAAGGAGAAGAGGAGAUGACCAACCAGCUCAAAAACCUGGACCUGCGCAGCAAGCCAAAAGCCACUGGGACUGGCCUGGUCUUCUCUGAUGCCUUUACUCACCAUCGUUGCCUCUGGGACACCAGCCAUCCCGAAUGUCCAGAGAGAGUGACCACCAUAAUGGACAUGACGGAGAAAGAGGGCCUGCUCUCCCGUUGUGUACGGGUGGAGGCCAGGGCUGCAACUGAAGAUGAGCUUUUAUUGGUUCACACGAAGGAGUAUCUGGAACUGAUGAAGUCUACGCAGAGAAUGAGCGAGAGUGAGCUCCGGUCUCUCUCUGAGACAUACGACUCGAUCUACCUCCACCCUGAGUUCUUCCUCUGCGCCACUCUGGCCGUUGGGUCCGUCCUUCAGCUUGUUGACAAAGUGAUGACAUCAGAGCUGAGGAACGGGUUCUCUGUUGCUAGACCUCCAGGCCACCACGCCCAGGUGGAUAAGAUGAACGGUUACUGCAUGUUCAAUAACCUGGCCAUCGCAGCACGCUACGCCCAACGACAGCACGGCCUGGAACGAGUUCUGAUUGUGGACUGGGAUGUGCAUCACGGCCAGGGGAUCCAGUACAUAUUUCAGGAGGAUCCCAGCGUGCUGUACUUCUCAGUGCACAGAUAUGAGCAGGGCUCGUUCUGGCCUCACCUGCCUGAGUCAGACAGCAGUGCGGUGGGAGUGGGGCAGGGAGAGGGCUACAACAUCAACCUGCCGUGGAACAAGAUCGGCAUGAAGGAUGGAGACUACCUCGCCGCCUUCCAGCAGCUGCUUCUGCCAGUGGCCUAUGAGUUCCAGCCCCAGCUGGUGCUUGUGGCCGCAGGCUUUGACUCUGUUGCCGGGGACCCAAAGGGAGAGAUGUCUGCCAGUCCGCAGUGCUUCUCCAUCCUCACCCACCUGCUGCAGGGCCUGGCGCAGGGCAGGCUGGUGCUCGCGCUGGAGGGAGGAUAUAACCUGCAGUCCUUGGCAGAAGGGGCGUGUGCCUGCAUGAGGUCACUGCUGGGAGACUCCUGCCCCCGCCUGGAGCCCCCACCAGCCCCCAGUGAGAGUGCUCUGAAGUCAAUAUCCCAGACUAUCUCCUCACUUUACCCCUUCUGGACCAGCCUGCAGAUACUGGAGGGGGGGACCCUCCGGGAGGGCGACCCUGUGACCCAGGCAGAGGGGGAUGGUCUCGGGCAGGGCUGGGGAAACGGCCCCGCCCAGGUCACAGGCCUGGUGUACGACCAGAGGAUGAUGGAGCACCACAACAUGUGGGACGCCCAUCACCCAGAACUUCCUCAGCGGAUUUUGCGUAUUUUCUCUCGGCACGAGGACCUGGGCCUGGUAUCCAGGUGCCAGCGGAUUCCGGCCCGCCUGGCCACUGAGGAGGAGCUGGCCAUGUGUCACAGCCGGGAACAUAUUGCCAAGAUCAAAUCAACGGAGGGCAUGAAGCCGAGAGACCUGCACAGGCUGGGAGACGAGUACAACUCCAUCUACAUCUGCGCUCAGAGCUACAGGAGUGCGCUGCUGGCUGCCGGGGCGUGCUUCAACGCGGCGCAGGCCGUACUGACCGGACAGGUGAGGAACGCGGCAGCCAUCGUGCGUCCCCCGGGUCACCACGCCGAGAAGGACGCCGCCUGCGGCUUCUGCUUCUUCAACACGGCGGCCCUGACCGCCCGCUACGCCCAGACCCUCGCCAAGAGGCCCCUCCGCGUCCUCAUCCUGGACUGGGAUGUUCACCAUGGCAACGGCACCCAGCACAUUUUCGAGGACGAUGACAGCGUGCUGUACGUCUCACUCCAUCGCUAUGACGACGGCCUGUUCUUCCCCUCCUCUGAGGAUGCAGACUGUGAUAGGGUGGGGCAGGGCAAGGGGCGGGGCUUCAAUGUCAACAUUCCCUGGAGUGGCGGCAAGAUGGGCGACUCAGAAUACCUGGCGGCCUUUCACACAGUGGUCAUGCCCAUCGCCAGACAGUUUGACCCAGAGCUGGUGUUGGUGUCUGCAGGGUUUGACGCAGCGCGGGGUGACCCGCUGGGAGGGUACCAAGUGACGCCUGAGGGUUACGCCCACCUGACGCACUUGCUGAUGAGCUUGGCAGGUGGCAGAGUGCUGCUCAUACUGGAGGGGGGCUACAACCUGAACUCAAUUUCCGAGUCCAUGUCCAUGUGCACCAGCAUGCUCCUGGGAGACGCGCCCCCCACCCUUCCUUCCCUGCAGCCUCCUCAUCCGAACGCAGCCAAGACCAUCAACCAUGUCCUGCGCACACAUGCCCCCUACUGGAGUUCCCUACGAAUACAAAUUCCUGAGUCUCUGCGCCUGUCCCUGCCCUCCCCCAACCCAAGGGGUAAACGAACCUCGGGAGGCAAAGGCAAAAAGUCACCGAAACAGAGAACCCCAGCAAAGAGUCCUGGGCAAGACUCACUACCCGUGACCCCGCUGCCAGCAGCAGCAACAACGCCAGCAUCGCCCCCUGUUGGCCCGGAGGACAAAGGACUGCAGGACAUCACACAGGGACUGCUCUCUCUGGACCUGGACAAAGCUGCUUCACCCAACUCCAGCCCUGCAUCAGUGCCUGUGGGAGGAGCCAGGCCAAAGGUUAAACCCACCAAUCCGCAGAGCCCAGGAGAGGGUGAAAGGUCAACGCCUGCUCAAUUAGUGCCUGAAAAAAGUGAGGUGGAAGAGAGUAUGUCCCACAGCCCGCUCCAUGGCCAGGCAGGGAUACAGCCAACCCCUGAGCCUGCCUCUGAUGCUGUUGCCAUGGCAGAUCCAGAGAGAGCAGAGCUGGAUGAAGCUUCUGGUUGGUCAAAAUCUUUGAAGGAUCAGCCAGUCUUUGAGCUUUUCUGUGGAGGCCAGAACAUGGAGGGGGGGACAAUGUUUAUGGUGGAACCCUUGCCAUGGUGCCCUCAUCUGGAGGCUGUGAGACCCUUGCCUGCCGGGGGCAUAGAUGUAUUUCUGCCUUGUGAGGACUGCGGUACAGAUGCUGAGAACUGGAUCUGUCUCAGCUGCUACAAGGUGUACUGUGGCCGCUACGUGAACCAGCACAUGGUGACCCACGGCCUGGUCUCAGAACACCCGCUGGUGCUCAGCUUUUCGGACCUGUCUGUCUGGUGCUAUUCCUGCGAGGCCUAUGUUCACAACAAGGUGCUAUAUGAAGCCCGAAAUGCUGCUCAUCUCGUCAAAUUUGGGGAGGAUAUUCCCCACGCCGACGAGCGCAACUGAGAGCACAGAGGCGAACUGGCGGGCAGAGGGAGGGGCGGUGCAUGAGGGAGGAGGACUGAGGGAGGAGAGUGAAGGGAGCACUUUUACCGAUCGCAUGAGCGACAGAUUGGCUGGGGAGUGAGUGAGUAUGUGGACGAGGGAGAGAGUGUAUGUAUGCGUAUGUGAGUGUGUGUGUG